UGUACAAAUUUAACGACUGCAUUCCAGUCGCAAUUUCUUCACUUUGAUACACAGCACAUCACCCACCCACCGGAAGUAACAAAACCCGCCCACCGGAAUCACAUUUUCCACUUUUCUCUGGAUCACAAUUCCACUCAACACUUUCAUGCUCACACCCUGACAAACAAAAAAUGGACAUACUAUUCGCUCAGAUCCAAGCAGAUCUCCGAUCCAACGACGCUCUCCGUCAAUCCGGCGCUUUACUUCAAGCUCUCCAACAAUCCGCCGCCGGCCGUGACAUCUCCGUCAUCGCCAAAUCCGCCGUCGAAGAAAUCGUCGCGUCUCCAGCUUCGGCCGUCUCCAAAAAACUCGCCUUUGACCUUAUCCGAUCCACUCGUUUGACUACUGAUCUAUGGGAGAUCGUCUGUACCGGAAUUCAUAACGAUCUGGACUUUCCGGACCCUGACGUCACUGCUGCUGCUGUCUCGAUCCUUGCUGCGAUUCCUUCGUAUCGGUUAGGCAAGUUUGUUACUGAUAGUAAUAAGGAAAUUUCUAAUUGUUUUGAUUCCACUAGUGAUAAUUUACGGUUUUCGAUUACCGAGACUUUAGGAUGUAUUUUAGCACGUGAUGAUUUGGUUACAUUGUGUGAGAAUAAUGUUAGUUUGUUGGACAAAGUGUCGAAUUGGUGGAAUAGGAUUGGGAUGAAUAUGCUCGAUAAAGCGGAUAACGUGUCGAGAGUUGCUUUUGAAUCGGUUGGGAGGUUGUUUCAGGAGUUUGAGUCGAAAAGAAUGAGUAGGUUGGCUGGUGAUAAGUUAGUUGAUAGUGAGAAUUCUGUUGCCAUUAGGUCGAACUGGGUUUCGUCAAUGGUGGAGUUUGUUUGGAAGAAAAGGAAUGCUUUGAUGGCAAGGUCGUUGGUGCUUCCUGUUGAGAGUUUUAGGGCGAGUGUUUAUCCGCUUGUUUAUGCAGUUAAAUCUGUUGCUUCGGGUUCUUUCGAGGCUUUUCAGAAGCUUUCGAGGUCCAAAAAAACUUACGAGGGAAGUUUGGAUUCGAGUAAGGCAGAGAGGUUUGUGGGUGUGUCGGAUGUGGUUACGCAUUUGGCACCCUUUUUGGCAUCUUCGUUAGAUCCUGCAUUGAUUUUUGAGGUAGGGAUUAAUAUGUUGUAUUUGGCUGAUGUUCCUGGUGGUAAGCCUGAGUGGGCUUCAGCUUCGAUUAUUGCAAUUCUUACACUUUGGGAUAGACAAGAGUUUUCAUCUGCUAGAGAGAGUAUAGUUCGAGCUGUUGUUACGAAUCUUCAUCUUCUUGAUCUUAGUAUGCAGGUUUCAUUAUUUAAGAGGCUGCUUCUUAUGGUGAGAAACUUAAGGGCAGAAUCAGACCGCAUGCAUGCAUUAGCUUGCAUCUGUCGUACAGCUCUUUGUGUUGAUCUUUUUGCGAAAGAAAGCGUUCGGAGAGGCCAGAAACCCCUUCCUGGAACAGACAUUGCAUCGCUUUUUGAGGAUGUCAGAAUCAGAGAUGACCUCAACACUGUCACAAGCAAAAGUUUAUUCAGAGAAGAAUUGGUGGCCACUUUGGUAGAAAGUUGCUUCCAGCUGUCCCUACCGUUGCCUGAACAAAAAAAUUCGGCAGGUAUGGAGAGUCGAGUGAUUGGAGCAUUGGCUUAUGGAACCGGGUAUGGUGCAUUAAAUUGGACUGAGCCAGCUUUGGAAGUGGUUGAAGUGUGUCGACCUUGUGUAAAAUGGGAUUGUGAGGGUCGAACAUAUGCUGUUGAUUGUUACUUGAAGUUACUAGUCAGGCUUUGCCAUAUUUUUGAUACCAGGGGAGGGGUCAAAAGAGUUAAAGAUGGAGCAUCCCAAGAUCAGAUUUUAAAUGAAACACGGUUACAAAAUUUGCAACGGCAACUUGUGAAUGAUCUCCUUGAGGUAAACACUCCUAGAAUUGCUGCCCGUCUAGUUUGGGCAAUUUCAGAACACAUUGAUUUAGAAGGUUUGGAUCCUCUUCUUGCCGAUGACCCAGAUGAUGCACUGAACAUUAUUAUAUCAAAAAUUCAUAAAAUCUUAUUCAAUGCUGACUCAUCCGCAACUGAAACAAAUAAGUUGCAAGAUAUUCAAGCAGUUCUUUUAUGUGCUCAAAGGUUGGGAUCACGUAACGCUAGGGCUGGGCAGUUGCUAACUAAAGAGCUAGAAGAGUUCAGAGCUGAUCCUUUGACUGAUUCUGUUAACAAACAUCAGGCUCGCAUGAUAUUGCAAAGAAUCAAAUAUGUUUCUAGUCAUUCUGAUGACAAGUGGGCUGGUGUUAGUGAAACAAGAGGAGACUACCCAUUUAGUCAUCACAAACUAACUGUUCAGUUUUAUGAAGCCUCAGCAGCCCAGGACCGAAAGUUGGAAGGGUUAGUUCACAAGGCUAUCUUAGAACUAUGGAGACCCGAACCUAGUGAGUUAACUUUAUUGUUGGCAAAAAGAGCUGAUACUACUUCACUUAAGGUUCCUCCAAGUGCUCAUACGUUAACUGGUAGUAGUGAUCCCUGCUAUGUUGAAGCAUACCACUUGUCUGAUCCGAAUGAUGGAAGAAUCACGCUUCAUCUGAAGGUUUUAAAUUUGACCGAAAUGGAACUUAAACGAGUGGAUAUUCGUGUUGGCUUGUCUGGUGCUUCAUAUUUUAUGGAUGGAUCUCCCCAAGCAGUUAGGCAAUUGCGUGAUCUAAACUCUCAGGAACCUGUAUUAUGUAGUGUGACUUUGGGUGUCUCCCACUUUGAACGGUGUGCUCUUUGGGUUCAAGUUUUGUACUACCCGUUUGCUGGAAAUGAUAUUCCAGGAAAUGAAGGGGAUUAUGCAGAGGAAGAUCAACAAAUCAUCAGGCAGAAAAGAAGCUUAAAGCCAGAAUUAGGAGAUCCUGUAAUUAUGAGAUGCCAACCUUACAAGAUUCCACUAACAGAGCUUCUAAUGCCCCAUAAAAUAUCACCCGUGGAGUAUUUUCGCCUCUGGCCUAGUUUACCUGCUAUGGUGGAGUUCACGGGUACUUAUACGUAUGAAGGUAGUGGCUUUAAGGCUACUGCUGCUCAGCAAUAUGGUUCCUCCCCUUUCUUGAGUGGACUCAGAUCGCUAUCUGCCAAACCUUUUCAUAGGGUUUGCUCUCACAUUAUCCGCACCGUAGCUGGGUUCCAGCUAUGCUAUGCUGCCAAAACAUGGCAUGGAGGCUUCUUGGGGAUGAUGAUAUUUGGUGCUAGUGAAGUAAGCAGAAAUGUAGAUCUGGGAGAUGAAACCACAGCUAUGAUAUGCAAAUUCGUUGUUAGAGCAUCAGAUGCAGCAAUAAUAAAAGAAGUUGGGUCAGAUCUACAGUCUUGGUGUGAUGAUCUCACAGAUGGUGGUGUGGAGUACAUGCCCGAAGAUGAAAUGAAGGAGGCUGCUGCUGAACGGCUAAAAUUAUCCAUGGAACGAAUAGCUUUGCUAAAGGCGGCUCAGCCGCCACCUAAAUCCCCAAAAGUUGAAGAGACAAUAGAUGAUGAAGUGGAUGACAGUGAUGACGAUGAUAAGGAAAAGAAAGAAAACGGGGAAGAUGGGAAGAAGAAACACAAGGGUCCUACAACUUUAUUCGAGUUGACACCGGAGGAGGUUGAGCAUCGUGCUCUUCAAAGUGCUAUUUUACAGGAAUGGCAUGCACUAUGUAAAGACAGAAAUACCAAGGCUAAGUAGGUUUUUUGGAUGGAAAUUUUGCACAGCUUUUUAAAAAGAACCCCUCUGUGGCUGCGGGGGUUGGUUUGUAUUCGUGGCUUCGUAGUACAUACACUAGUGUUUUCAUGUUUUUGUUUACUAUGUGUUGUAUUUUAUUUUAUUUUUCCAUUCAACAAUUGGUCGUCUUUUUUCGAGCAUAUAGUAAUUGAUUUGUUUUCUUUU